AUGACUUCAGGUUUUCGUGUUAUGGCGCAACACCUUUAUAAGGUCAUACAGAGUCUAGCUAAUCUAGUGCAACAGUAUUUUAGGCUGGAUGGGACACCAGGCAGUUUUUAUGAGUACACCAGGCAAGUAAAGGUUUCAUCGGAAAUACUUCACAAGGGAAGUGUGGGACCACAAGGAAUUGAAGUUCAUGAAGUUGGUACAGUUGGUAUAGAGGAGCUACGAGUGCAUUUUACUCCUUACUUGUGGCCUGUGAGCUCUGUAUAA